CCACCAUCUUUCCUCACACCCUAUGGGCCUGCUCCACUGGACUCCUCAGGAAAGAAGGACAAGGGACCAACUCCUGAGGAAGCAAUACAGAGACUGAAGGAGACAGAGAAGAUAUUGAUCAAGAAACAGGAGUUUCUGGAGCAGAAGAUUCAACAGGAGCUACAGACAGCCAAGAAGCAUGGGACCAAGAAUAAGAGAGCUGCCCUGCAGGCUUUGCGGAGCAAGAAAAGACUGGAACAACAGUUGGCACAAACCGAUGGGACGCUAUCCACCCUGGAGUUUCAGCGUGAGGCCAUUGAGAAUGCCACCACCAAUACAGAAGUGCUGCGUACCAUGGAGCUUGCAGCCCAAGGCAUGAAGAAAGCCUACCAAGACAUGUGGGUAUGGGGGGCAGUGGUGGAGGGGACUCGCACUGGGGAGGCCGCCUUGGUUUAUGCUUGAGAGCUUAAAGCCUCCCUGAAUGUGAAUUUACAUCAUGCCUAUGACUAGACCUGUGUUUCCCUCCUUGCUUCCUGAAACAGAGAUUCUUUUGCUGGCUGGGGCACUCUAAAUAGUAAAGCUGCUUUCUCUAAUCUUAUUUUUUAUGGGGCUGUACUGGGAAUUGAACUCAGAACCUUGCACUUGUGAACUCUAAUUCUGAAAGAGCCAUCCGGGAAAGGAGUGCAGCCUGUCCUCUCCAGUGUGACAUCUUCCUGUUUCUUAGCCCAGACUUGCCUCUUUCCCCGCUUUUGACAUGGGCUUAUCAU